GUCCGGGUCGGGGUCCUGACGGGGUGGCGGGGUCCUGGCGGCGCCAUGUUGCAGCAGUCCCUUGUUGUUCUGUGGAUGUGAAUGAGGAGCCGGGAGGGAGACGCAGGACAGGCCCGGGCCGCCGCUCCGACACCCGCCGACCGCCACACCAGGACUGAGAGCUUGUGGUGACGAGACAACAUUGAAAGUGCCCACGACCAGCUUGAAGGGGACCGUUGAAGUAAAACAAUGUCUGGAAUUGCAUUGAGUCGACUUGCACAAGAAAGAAAAGCUUGGAGAAAAGACCACCCUUUUGGCUUUGUUGCAGUACCCACAAAGAAUCCGGAUGGUACUUUAAACUUAAUGAACUGGGAAUGUGCUAUUCCAGGGAAAAAGGCAACGCCGUGGGAAGGUGGGCAGUAUAAGCUUCGAAUGCUGUUUAAGGAUGACUACCCCUCAUCGCCACCAAAGUGUAAAUUUGAGCCGCCAAUAUUCCACCCAAAUGUCUACCCCUCUGGUACGGUGUGUCUAUCCAUUCUGGAGGAGGAUAAGGAUUGGAGGCCAGCCAUCACCAUCAAGCAGAUAUUACUAGGAAUUCAAGAACUUCUUAACGAGCCAAACAUUCAAGACCCAGCACAAGCAGAAGCAUACACAAUCUACUGCCAGAACAGAGUAGAGUAUGAAAAACGAGUGCGAGCACAGGCCAAGAAAUUCGCUCCAACAUAAAAACCAAGCAACAAAAGGAAAUGGAUUUCUGACUGUCGGCUAAGAAAAGAAGGCACGUUAUUCACAUUUAGCAAGUUCCUGUUACAAGCAAUUGGGAAUCUUUGGGGAAAAUAAAUGCAUCAUUACUUGGACAGUUCUAGUUCACACAAAAAAAAAGAGGCAAAUCAUCUCGGCACGAAACUCGCUGUGUUUCCGUGGCGGCUGUAUUAAAAUGUUUUAAUUUAUAUUUUUUAAAAAAUGCCCUAAUGCUCGAUGGGUCAAUUGGCCUUCAGUGUAGCCAGAAGUUCAGACUUCUAUUUAAUGUUGGCUGACUAGAAAAUGCAGUUGGGUUUUUUUUCCAGCUUUCAUCCACUAUGGUUUUCAGGCCUAUUUCUAAGCAUCUCUUAAGUUGUCAAGCUUCCAGGACUGUUCAUCAAGAGGAAGAUUUUACAAGAAGAAAGUGAGAACUAUUACAUCUAUUUGCAUACCAUGAUCUGCAUUUUACUCUUAAUGCCAAGGCUUUCUUAAAUCCACCAUGGCCCUUUAAAAGAGACUUGGAAGUCCUGUAAUAAAUGGUGUAUUUUUAAAAAUAUGCUGUUAAUAAAAUGUUCUUUCUAUCUACCCAUUCUCCAAAACAUAUCCCUUCCCUGCCCGAAUGUGAAUGUAACAAAUGUGGGUCAUUGCCCUUUUUUUUAAAACAUCUCUGCUUUACCACAGUUUGUUGUCUUCUUUGAAAAGAGCAAUGGGUCAUCCUCAGUAGUUCAUUUUUGGUUCUGUCAGAGAAGCUGAGUAGAUGCACCCAGCCUGCUGCGUGGUAUAUUGCUUAUGGCCUUUUAUUUAUAUAUAUUAUGUAUAUAAAAUAAUUGGUUACUCUCUAAAAAUGGUUGUUUGGCACAUGUGAGUUGUUUGGCCACAUGUACCUGCAUGGGUGCGCUCGUCACCUCUCGUUUUAUUUUAGAUUUACUCCCACUGCUCCUGUAGUUUGGAGUAAUGUAAUACCAUCUUUCUCUCUGAAAAGUGUAAGUGCACGUGCCACAGUUUUAAAAAUCUGGGAAAAAAAAGUGGAAUAAAGAUACCUUGUGAAAUCUUAGUGCAGGUUAGUGGGUUUUGCAAAGGAUUUGUUUAAGUAAUUGGGAUUUAUUUAGAUCAAAAGCCUAACCACAUAGAAAAGUGCAUGUUUAAGAUCGGAAUUUAGAUUUUUGUAUUUAACUUCGAAGAAGGGAUUUUGCAACUGCCCCUACUUUUUUUCAUGUAUUAGUAGUGAGAGAAUCCACAGUAAUUGUUUUAAGCAAUUAUAACUUUAUCUGCCCCUGCAAUUAUUGCAGAGAAGGUGUUUUAUUUUUUUAAUGUUUCUAAUUUAAUUGGAUGUGGCUAUUCUCAUAAUCCACUUCAUGAGAGUUUUGUGAGUGAACCUGAUUCUGGCUUUGCAUGCAAAGACAAUGACGAGUCCUCAGCCUCGCAUCGGAUUUCUGUGCAGACUAAUGGUGGGUCUUUAGUUGCAUUGUGCAGCAUUAUCUGCUGUUUUCUGGAAGGUAGUGUUUGAUCAGAGAAUUGAAGUAAGUUGUAACUUCUGGGAGGGUGGGGAAUUGGAAGAAAGAAUUUAGUGAAUUGUCAUGCAUACAGAAGUUAUGUAAAAUCUGAACUGUUGCUGCAGUUGGGUCACCUUGUUUAGAAAAUCAGAUCGUUUGGUGAGAUCCUGUUGUCAGUUAGAGAGCUUGUACUCAUUGGGGCCUUUCAAGCUUAAGCCUAAAACCUGAAACUUGGUAGACAGUUUCUCACUUGUGAGAUGCAACUUUUUACAUUAGUGGCAUGGUAAAUGAAUCUGGGGUAAAUGAAUCUGGAGCAAUUGUGUGAGAUUGGUGUAGCACUCGGUGAUGCAGAUUAAACUGGUAAAAGUCUUUAGACUGACAAUAAAUUUAAUACUACUUCUAAAAAUACUGUUUUACUGAUUCCACAAAAACACCUACUUGGUGUUGCUUCUCUGGGAAAUGUACCUUGGGUAAUAUUACCAUGCAUUUAAAGUGAUCUGUUUUGAUAGUAGGUGCCUGAUCCCAGUGCCCAUCCAGCUUCGUGCAGUAUAUGACUUCUGGGUUUGAGCUCUGAAGCCCUCUAGUAUUCAGAUUAAUAAUUAAUCUGCAAUGACUUGAGUAUUAAAGCUAGCCUGGUGUAACUGUUCUAUUUAAAUUUUGGAGUUCUUGAUCUGGUUUGCUAGAUCACGAUUUCUGCAAGUUAGUAUGUUGAUUUGAGGGAAAUAAGUCAUUCUUUGCGUAAGUGUUUUGCAGGAAAGGCUGACAAAGCUACAGCCUGUGUAGCAAGGAGCAAUAUGCUGCUGUUUCAUUCUGAAAAACUGCCUCUAGUUUUGAAAAGGACUUGAGUAAAAUAUAAAACAUCCAUUUUUUUUCUUGAGAUCCUGUUUGAUAACACUACCUGUUCUACAUCUGACACUGCAGGCAUGUGAAUUAAGUUAGCGACUAUUCCACAAACUUUGACACAAUGACAGUUUCCUCCUCAAAUAUUACAUCAAUUUAAUACACCUGUUGCCACUGUAUCUUAAGCUGAGUUGAUGUGGGUUGCAUGGUGGUUACAGGAAUCUAGAAUUGCUUGCAGCUAAUGUGCUAGAUACGAAGGCCGUAGCUUUGUUUCGUUGUGCAUGGAGUGCUUCACCAGGCGGUGUGAGUGAAUUGGUCUAGUCUUUGUGUGAAAUAAACUGAUUACACCUUACUGAAUAGAGAAUUCUGUUUAGGAGAGGGUUUCUGGGGAUGGAACAAGCCCCAAUUGUGCAGUAAUAAACAUAAGGUUGUCCAGUAUUUUGCUUCAUUUUAAUUCCUUGAAUGUAGUAUGAAUACCCUGAGCCAAAGGAUACAGUUUAAAUUCCAUUCUUAGCAGUGCAGUUAUCUGCUCCCAAAUCAUAUUCCACUGCUCCUCACGUUUUCUUUAUAUACAUUCCAUAGGAAGCAUUGAUUGCUGAUUUUGUUGGUACUACCAAUUUGGUUAUGUGAAAGAUGAGUGAUAAUACAAUGUCUUGUGUGACAACUUGCUUAAAAUUCUUGGGUAUUGCCUUUCAAAUUUUACAAAUAUGAAUUGGACUACUGCAGCAGCAUGACUGAAUUCCUAAGGUGUCCUUGAAACUUGAUGGGAAGCAAGUGCCCAUAGGAAAAGUGUCACUUUCAUUCAUGAAGAAAGACUUUGGACAGGCCUAACAGGCAUUUCACACUUGAAGUCAGUCACCAGUGUUAUAUCCUUUUGUGUAAGGUUUCUUGUAUUUCCAUUUUGUACUGUGCUGAGCAUCAAGUAAUAAUGUAUGUAAACUAAUGUUCAUCAAGAAGGCUGUGCUGUUUCCUUAGAUUUCAGCUAGCAACAUAUUUCUGUCCGCAGUCCAGUUUCGAACAGUUGGUUGCCUCGGGAACCUGUGGAAUUGUGAGUUAAGGAUGUUCUCUAUUUGUUACUGGCCGGAUUUGUAAUUAUUUGGCACAGUAGUGCAUUCACAUGUACAGAGUUGAGAAGUGAGAUUUUGUGGUAUAAUUUGAACAUGCUGAUUGCAUGAAGGAAAAGGGAACUUGAGCGCUUUUUAAAAAGUGUAUUUAUGGAACUUUUUUUUCAAUUGGAAAUUCUGAUGUAAGGAACUUACCUAAUAACAUUGCAUUUAAAAAUUAUGGGGAAUCUUUUUUCAAAAAAAACACAAAACAACUGGCUUUGGGGGUGAGGGCUGAUCACCACGGCUCACCUUCUCCUUGUAUUGAUUAAAAUAUAAUUUGACGUGAACUUCCUUAAUUGUGCAUCUAUUCCAAUUGGCCCAGAACAGGCACUUGCUAAAGAAAUAAAAAAAAAAGAAAACUCCCUUGGAAUACUGGUGCAUUCAUUUCUUUGUUUAUAUUUUUUGAUGGAUAAAGCAAGAAAAAUAAAAUAAAAAAAAAUCUUAAACCAGUAUUCCAGGGUAGUGCUGUAAACUUGUACAAUACUUUUAUAUCUUUUUUUUUCACAGUCCAUUGGAUUUUGAGUAUGAAAUUGGCAUGUCUUUAGAAUACAUGCUAAUUUUAAUGUCCCCCAACCUUGCCUCCCUGGGAAAAGAAACAAAAUCAAAAAAAAUUAUAUUGAUGGUUGUAAUGGUUGCCUAUUGCAUGGCUGCGUGUGGUUGGGAUUCCAGUGUUUCUGUGUCUUAAAUAUUUCACCUUGCUCACCAUAUUAAAACCAGAGAACCUUGAAACUGGCAAUUGCAUGACCAGCUCCAUCUUUGGUCCUUUCCUGUGCUCAAGAUGUCAUGAUAUUGGAUGAACCCGCAAAGUUUAAUUCAAACAAUCAAGUUCCCUUGCAUUCCCUAAUAACCAUCAGUAUUUGUUUCUGCAUCUCUUAAGUUGGAAUUUGUGAUAUUUUAAUAAAGUUCUUGAGCUAUGCCAUUCUUUUCGGGUUAAGCUCUGCAACAAGAACCAACUCUUGGGGUAAAAAAUUAAAAUAAAAUUCUAUGGGUUAUGUAUGAAAUUCCAAAUCUGUAGUAAAGAUUUUAUAGAUUUGCGUAACUGCCUGAAGUUCUAAAUUUUAAUUUAAAAAAAAGCAGGUUUGUGCCUGGGUGCUACCUGUCCUCUUAUUUCCUUACUAAGUGAUAUGCAUUCAGAAUGACAUGACUGGUGUGUCUUUAUCAUUUGACCAUGAAGUGAUCCAAACUUGUAGAGGCUGUUUUUAAAAAUAACUGAGUACCAGUUAACCUGCUUUGAGUUGUCUCAGUGCUACAACAUUAGAUGCUGCAGUUACUUGAUACCUUGAUCAUAGUUUUUUUAAAAAAUCUGGCAAAGUACUGAUGUAAUCUUGGCCAAAUAUCUUUUUGGGCACAAAAGUGAUUUUCAUCCUUUUGUUUUUAAAAUGUGGGUCCACUGUGUAGUUGAAAUCCCAUAUCAAAAACUAGCUGAUCAGUUGGUAAUCCACUGCCCUCUCUUACUUGGGUUUUCAUUGUCAUGUGAGAUAAAAGAUUGUAACUUUCGCACACUAAGGUGUCAGGAAAAGCAGGUUAAGUUUGCUUCAGCAAAUAACCUCGAUCUGAUGUGCACAUUGCUUCACGGUUAAAACAACCUAACAGAAUUGGAGACACAAUUGAUCUUUUGCUGGAUUAGUUUUAUCCAGGCCAUUGCUUAUUUUCAAGCCAACACUCUGGAAAUCUGUAUCAUUCUGUAAUCUUAAUGCAAUAUGGUGACAUGUGAGACAUUACUGACCUAGAAUCUGCUGCCUUCCCAAGCACACUUCCAAAGGCCAUGUUUGCUCUCCUUACCUCUUGCUUGCCCGAAAAAGUGAAAUUGUAAUAUUGAAAAAGCAGCUCGGACAGCAAGAAAAUGCGCUUGUUUAAAAUAAAUUUCUAAUGAAUGGAAAGUUUAAACGUGAAGAAAUCAUUCCAUUGUUGAGGCUUUAAGCUGCCUCUGAGCACCAUGUACCAUUGCAGCACACACCAUUUCAAUCACUGAUACCUCUGUUUGUAUGCUGUUUGUUAAUGUAUUUGUGUUUAGAAAAAGAAAUUAAAAAGCAAAAAGUAAA